CCCGCGAGACGCUCGUCCGAGACGCUCGUCCCUCGAAGCGACGGGUCCCGCGGGCGAUGUGGCGACGAGGAGGACCCAACGGUCUCUCCGCGGCCGGGGAGGAUGAAGCGGAAAGCGGACGAGCCGGGCGGCGUGAGUCCUGGGCGGCUCCGGGCCGUCUUCGGCCUAGAGCGCGAGGGCACACGGGUGCUGCUCUUGGGUGAGGGCAACUUAUCCUUCGCCUGGGCGAUCUCAAAGCUCAAGCUCAGCUGUGUGAUCGCCUCGACCUUCGAGACGGAAGACGAGCACCGCGAGCGCUUCCAGGGGAGCCAAGCGCGUACCCAAAUGCUGCGAGAUGCAGGCGUCCAAGUGAUCUUCGGUGUGGAUGCCACUGAUCUCUCGACCUUGCCAGAGGAGGUCAAAGAGAAACCUUUUGAGCGGGUCAUCUUCCAGUUUCCACAGCAUCCUGAGCGGAACAAGAUCCACCUGAACCGUCAGCUACUACGGCAGAGCCUUCAAGAGGCCUCCCGCCUCUUGACCGAGGACGGCCAAGUGCUGAUUUCACUACUGCAGGGCCAAGGAGGAAGUCCCGCGGAAGCCACUCAAAGGCGUCCCAAAGAUACCUGGCAGGCCCAAGAGAUGGGCCUCGAGGCUGGGCUCCUGCUGGUCGGUGUGUCCGAGUGCCCCAUGGAGGAGUUGCUGGCGAUGGGCUAUGAGAGCACCGGCUUCCGAGGUCGAGGAUUAAGAGACCAGACCAAGGAGGUCUACCAGGAGCGGAGCUUCAACGUCACCGGCAGCCUCACCCACCGCUUCGCUCGACUAGGCCCAGGUGUUCAGUCAGCCUUUCCCACGGUGAGAAGCCAUGACAUCAGCUUUUGGAUUCAGGAGAACUUCUCUGAGGAUUUGCUGCUGCGCACCUGUGCAGCAGUGGCCUUGGGGGGUGAACUCGACGUGCAACCCGAGUUGAAGUUGCUGGAUGAGUACUGCAGUCCCAUGGACGGACGCCGCGCGCGGACCUACAGGAGAUCGGUCCAGACGCCUACGAGAGCGGACGUGCUGUGAGGCUCCUGGUGAGCAGCAGCACGCGGUGCAUCCACGAGGCGAUGUGGAAAGCCUGGUGUGGCCAAGUCCGAGAGCGACUCCUGCAGGACCCCUCCGUGGAGCCCCGAAAACGCGCGGUGGAAAAGCGGCGGAACUGGUCCUCUCAAGUGGAUUGUUGUAAUAAGGAGACACCGCAAGCAAUUCAUUGGAGACUCCCCCAACCAAGUCAUUUGGGUCGAUUUCCCUUCUUCCAGGUUGGAACGCCUGGGAGGUCUCCCUAUUUGGAGCUUAGCCAAGUCUCUGGAACGAAUUCUCAAAUCCAUCCGGUCGAGGGCCUGACGAUGCCCCGAAGACCGUGGGCGAAAGG